AGUGAAUUCUUUGCGGGUUGUGGAGGCACACGCUGAGCAGGAGUGGGUGCUGCGGAGAGCACGCGUGCGUCCCAUGGGCCCCUCCUAUUGGUUCUGAAAGCUCUGCAGAUUACACCUGGUGCUCCGGACGUAAUUUCAUUAUUGGGAACAGUUGAUUUCUAAUACGGCGUAGGGUAAACUAAACAAGACAUUCAGUGCUAGUCGCGUGCCUGCUCCCGAAGAGUAAAGCUUGCUUAAAAGUUCGUAAUCACUUCCAGGUUUGGAUCGCGUUAUUAGGAGGAUAGCAAAUAGUUUUGGUAAGGCCUUGUGAGGAAGGUAGGCCUGUAGUUAGGUCUUGCUUUACACUCUGUCAGGGAGAAGCAUGUGUUGGCAGUUGCAGAAGUGUCUCCCAGAGCAUGGAAGUAAGAGCCUCCUGAGGAAAUAAUUAUAACACCAGUAAUGAAGAUGAAAGCAGAGAGCUGGGGGUGGAUUGCUCGGCGGUACAGUUCAAACCUAGACUGACAUGCUAAUUCCACUUUCAAUGAAGAAUUGCUUCCGAUUACUUUGUCAGCACAAGGUCCCAGCAGCUGGCUUUAAAAGCCCACCCACACAUGGGCUCAUUUUACAGUCGAUCUCCAAUGAUGUAUAUGAAAAUCUGGCUUUUGAAGACUGGAUCCACGACCACAUACAUCUAGAAGGCAAGCCGAUUCUUUUCCUUUGGAGAAAUUCUCCUUCUGUCGUCAUCGGCAGGCAUCAGAAUCCGUGGCAGGAAUGUAACCUCCAUCUGAUGAGACAGGAAGGAAUCAAACUGGCUCGGAGGAAGAGUGGAGGAGGAGCCGUGUACCACGACAUGGGUAACAUCAACCUCACCUUCUUUACCACCAAAACCAAGUAUGACAGAAUGGAAAAUCUGAAACUAAUCGUGAGAGCUCUGAAUGCUGUCCAACCCCAGCUGGAUGUGCAGCCUACCAAAAAGUUUGACCUGCUACUCGACGGGCAGUUUAAAAUCUCAGGAACCGCAUCAAAGAUCGGCCGGACUGCCGCGUACCACCACUGCACCUUGCUAUGCAGCACCAACCGGACAGCUCUGUCUUCUUCGCUGAAGAGCCCGUACUGCGGGAUAAAGAGCAACGCCACUCCCAGCAUCCCUUCCGCUGUCAAAAACCUUCUGGAAAGAGAUUCCACGCUGACCUGUGAAGUUCUGAUGAGUGCGGUGGCUGCAGAGUACGCGGCGCAUCAUCAAGUUGAUGGUCACGUCAACCUAAUAAACCCUGCAGAUGAGACGAUGUUCCCUGGAAUAAACCGCAAAGUCAAGGAACUGCAAAGUUGGGAGUGGGUAUACGGCAGGACUCCCAAGUUUACCGUGGACACCACGUUUCAUGUGCCGUAUGAGCAGGCGCAUUUGGAAAUCCAAGUGUUCAUGGAUGUAAAGAACGGACGAAUCGAAACCUGCGCUAUUAAGGCACCCGAUCACUGGCUGCCGCUGGAAAUAGGUGAGAAAUUAAACUCAAGUUUCAUCGGCAGCAAAUUCUGCCCCGUUGAAACCACCCUGCUAACGAAUGUAUUACUGAGAACAUGUCCAGGCGACCAUCACUUACACAGUAAAUGGUACAUUCUGUGUGAAAAAAUCAGGGGGAUAAUGUGACCCUAACAACUUUGUCUACACUGGCAGUUUUGGUGAGAAAAAAACUUUAAACUACAAUUUGUCUUAUAUCUUAACAGAAAUAGGGGUGUCAGUUUGAACCUGUGUUGGUCUUGAGGUGGCCUGUCCCUAAUUUCAACUCCUCAGCUUUUGUCAGACUUUGAUUGAUAAUCUGUUAAGGGUUUUGGCACUUUCAGGGCCUCGUCCUCUUCCAUUUCUCCUCUCAUUAAACUUCAGAGAAGAAA